AUUCUUUCAUAAACACACACAUACAAUACGCCCAGCGUUUAAAAAUAGUCUGAUAUGUAUGUAUCUAAGACUGACCGCGUUUUAACAUUUCCCGAAUAGUGCGUCCUACUUUGCUGUCGUCGGUUGACGUAUUUCCGAUAGUUGCUAAACAACCAAUAUAUCAUUAUAUAUAUAUAACAGAAACUACAAUAUUUUUCAUUCAGCCCGUGUGUGCGUUUGUAAGCGGCGUGGUUGUGCGAUCGAGUCCCGAAUCUUAUGACGUCUAUUUCUGAGAAUCGUUUAAAUGGAUUCUUCUAUUUCCUGAUUGAGUGCUGUCAAUGAAGUUUCUCAACUUCUGAACUUAUCUCGUAAAAACUUGUACACUGCAGACUAGUGACGAGAACACGUUGUUCCUAUACACGUGGAGUUCCACCGGACUUGGCGUGUUUAUGUUCUGAAGGCACGCGUAACUUCAAAGAACUGAAUUUCACUCAUAAAAAAAGUUGUAUCUCGAAAGACUGGAGGCAAGAACAUUAUUUUAGUACCCGUGUAGUAUCGCCGGACUUUAUUUGUUUACGUUUUUGAAGACGCGUAACGUAGGUAGAAUUCAGUUUUUCUGAUUGUAAACAGUCGCUGGAAUUCCACUUGAAACAUACUGGAUCUAUUGACAUUUUUCAAAUCGUGUGAUGCUAUAGGAAUUUGGAUAUUUCCUCAUUACCGUCAGGAUACUGGAUUUAUUUAAAUCGUGAGAACAGCUGUGACAAUUUGCGGCAGUGACAUCUUCAACACUGUAAUCCUUUGAAACAUUGUGAUCGUGACAGCGAGGAGGGUACGUACGUGCAGUAUAUCUAGUAAUUCACACAACACUCAUACAGCAAUGACUACAGAGUCGCCGUCAUAUAGCAACAAGGUCGGGGCCAAAUCGCCGGACCAGGUGAUGGAGAACGGGGGUGACAACUACGCCGUUGGGAAGCCGCCGACGAUCUCACGACAGUCGUCGCCGUUGAAGACGGUGUUACAGCUAGCCGUGUGCGUCGUCUCUGGGUUCGUCUUCGGGCUGUGUUUAGAAAAAGCAAGAGUAUUCGAACCGAAGGCUAUCCGAUACCAGAUGGUUUUCGAGAAAUGGAUUAUGCUAAAGAUGUUUCUUGCCGCGGCUGCCGCAGGUCAGCUGUUUCUGGCGUUGAUGUCGGUGAUUCCUUACACAAAAGAGAAGUUCAACAACGUCGUGGACAACUUCAUGGUCACGUUUGACGACAAGGGAAUACUCACCAGCAUCCUGGGACCCUUCAUUCUGGGCGUCGGCAUGACGAUAUCCGGCUCGUGUCCGGGCAUGGUGUUGGCUCAAGUGGGCGCCUGGGCUCCAAACGCCAUUUUUACUUUCCUGGGAACGCUGUGCGGUGCGUUUCUUUAUGGAUUAGUCGCACCUUUCCUCGUACGCAUCACGAGGCCAAAGACGACAUAUUCCUGGCAGCAGUAAGUGUGUGUUAUAUUAUUGAAUCACGUUUGUUUCGCCCCUAUGGGCUACCCAGGGAGACACUUCAACACCAACUAUAGUCCGUCCCACGGGGAACGCCUGUUUUAUACUAUUA